AGCCGGGUGCAUUGUGGCCGUUGCCCGGGGGGAGGUGGUCGCGGCGCCCCGCACUCGGCGGUUGUUAGGGUGCCGCUCGCCGCUGGUCGUUACAGCGAGGAGCUGGUGGCGCUCAGGCUGCACCCGGGGUUGGUGAGCAGCCACCAUGUCGAUCUUCACCCCCACGAACCAGAUCCGCCUCACCAAUGUGGCGGUGGUACGCAUGAAGCGCGCCGGGAAGCGCUUCGAAAUCGCCUGCUACAAAAACAAGGUCGUCGGCUGGCGGAGUGGCGUGGAAAAAGACCUUGAUGAAGUUCUACAGACCCACUCAGUGUUUGUAAAUGUUUCUAAAGGCCAGGUUGCAAAGAAGGAAGAUCUCCUCAGUGCAUUUGGAACAGAUGACCAAACUGAAAUCUGUAAGCAGGUGGGUUCUUCCAGCAGCAGCAUAACUGACCCUAAUAUCCAUCUGUAGUGUUAAGUACUUGUAGUAUGUUAA